CAGGAAGGAGCUGCGAGUUAUGCGCAGGCGCAGCCCGGAGAAGUAGGAAAGGCGGUGAGGGGAGACUAAAAGCGUAGAGAGAGGUGCUGGGGGGCUUCUUGGCGGCCGGGACUUUGGCCUUUAGUGGGCUAACUUUAAAAGCUGUGGCACUCAUACAGCUCAUAUACACAAUAACCCCAAAAUGAAGGACACCCUCACCCUCCUCUCUCGGGUUAGCGCUCACCCUGACUCCCGGUGCUGGUUUUUAGCAUGGAAUCCCUCUGGAACAUUACUGGCUUCCUGCGGGGGAGAUCGUACUAUCCGGAUCUGGGGCAAAGAUGGGGACAACUGGGUAUGCAAGUCAGUCCUCGGUGAAGGACAUCAGCGCACGGUCCGGAAAGUUUCCUGGUCACCCUGUGGAAAUUAUUUGGCCUCUGCCAGUUUUGAUGCCACCACUUGCAUCUGGAUGAAGAAGAAAGAGGAGUUUGAGUGCAUUACCACUCUGGAGGGACAUGAAAAUGAGGUGAAAUCUGUGGCUUGGGCACCUUCAGGAAGUCUUUUGGCCACUUGCAGCCGUGACAAGAGUGUGUGGGUGUGGGAAGUGGAUGAAGAAGAGGAGUAUGAGUGUGUCAGUGUACUGAAUUCUCACACCCAGGACGUGAAGCAUGUCGUAUGGCACCCUAACCAAGAGCUCUUGGCAUCUGCCAGUUACGAUGAUUCUGUGAAGCUGUACCGGGAGGAGGAAGAUGACUGGGUGUGCUGCGCCACUCUAGAAGGGCACACGUCCACUGUUUGGAGCUUGGCCUUUGAUCAGACAGGGGAGCAGCUAGCCACAUGCAGUGAUGACAAGACAGUACGCAUCUGGAGGCAGCUAGGAACUGGAGAACAAGGAAGCAAGAGUGACCCCAACUGGAAGUGUGUGUGCACCCUGACCGGAUAUCACACCAGAACUGUGUAUGAUGUGAACUGGAAUCAUCUGACAGGAGCCAUUGCUACCGCCUGCGGAGAUGAUGCCGUCAGGAUAUUUGAGGAAGAUCCUGGAUCUGACCCCUUACAGCCCACCUUCUCCCUGACUGCUCACAUGCCGCGUGCCCAUACUCAGGAUGUCAACUGUGUGACCUGGCACCCCAAGGAGCCUAACUUGUUGGCUUCAUGCAGUGAUGAUGGAGAAAUGGCAUUCUGGAGAUAUCAGAAACCUGAGUAAUAUGUGAAUAAGUAACUGUCUCUUUGCUUUUACUUGCCAGAGAUAGGGACUUACUUUGUUUAUCCCUUGUUGUUCUGCUUUAUUUUUAUCACUAGCACACAGUUUCAGUUGGGUACCUAGUUAUAUUAAAGGAGAACUAAACCCUAAAGAUGAAUAUGGCUAGAAAUGCCACAUUUUAUAUACUAAACUGACUGCACUAGCUUCUCUACCAUAGUAAUGAUAUUGGUCUUUACAGUUAUUACAGGAGCUUCCCCAUUCUGUUAGAACUGUCUGGGACAGUGCAGGCUCAGUGGGCUCUGAGCAGCUGUUGAGAAGCUGAGCCUUAGGGGUUGUAGCAAAUUAUCAAGCAGACAAUGAGGUUUGUCUGUCAUAUAAACUGAUGCUACAGGGCUGAUUAUUACAUUCUGAUCCUAAUUGCACUGAUUUCUGACCUGCUGUGAACUAUUAUUUUGUAUUAUUUACGAAUCACCCUUUAUAUUGUAUAUAUACAGUAUAUUGUGAGUGGGUCCCUAAACUCAGGUAAGUGACAGCAGCACAGAGCAUGGGCAGGGAAUCAGCAGAAAAGAAGAUGGGGAGCUACUGGGGCAUUUUUGGGGGCACAGAUUUCCCUGCUAAAGGGCUGGGGUUGCCUUGGGCUAGUACAGAAGCCCAUAAUGAAAUGUACAACAUUUCUAGCCUAUUUCUUUAGUUAAGCUUAGUUCUCCUUUAAUCACUUUAACCUGUCAACCAGUGAUAGCAUUGACAAGAACUGUGUAUUGAUACUAAGUAUCUCUGUUUUUUCCUAUUACCCAGACAAUUGCAGCCAAUCUCAUUCUCUUUCUCAAUCACAGCAACUUAUUCAUGCAAAUGUUCAUGUCAGUAAUAUAAUUUGAUCACUCUUUUAGUGUGCAUUAAACUUGGGGGGUUGAAUUGACAAACAGCGAUGUGCAUUAGCUGCAUUGUUGCUGCGUUACCUAUGCAGGUCCUGCAUCUGAUCCAUUCCGAAGUCUGUCGUUUGAGUGCAUUGGGUGUGGGUCAGUGCACUUUACAUAAUACAAAUUUCCAUUGGGUAUAUAAUUUUUUGUUGCCCUUGUAAAUAAACCUGCAGAAGAGAUAAGAAACAUAACAUAAUAGUGUGGUUUAGGUAGGUUUGUUUAUAGUGCUGUGCAAGGCGGCUGAAGAUCCACCUCUGCUGACUUGGUACUCUGAAUAAAAUUGCCCCAUUAUCUCUGACACGGUAAUGCGAUAGUAAUGUGUACUGGCAGAAAUUCUAUUUAUGGGCAAAUAAAUAUUUUAAAGAGUAA